AUGGAGCUAGUUAUCGUUCUCGCCAAGACUGAGAAAAAGAUCUUUGCUUCUACAUUCAGCAGAGAGAUGGUGCAGAACUGGCAGUUCCCAGAAGAGUACCUAUCCUUUGGCACAAAGCAGCCUUCUGACACUCUCCAGGUAGUUGGUAUGUUGCCCUUUGCCCAGAUGCCCGGAGGAGCUUCCAAAGUCUACUCUGAAGCCUUUGACAUGACUCAACUCAUAAACUAUGCUGUUUCAAACACAACCUGCUCUAUGGUCUAUGGUAGCAGAUUUGAUUAUAAUGACAAAGAGUUUCAAACAAUUGUCACCCGAACAACCCAAGGCCUUUAUCUUCUGGGCUCACCAGCAAUACAGCUCUACAACUUGUUUCCAAAAAUCGGAAAGCUGCUGUUUUUUGCCAGGAAGAAAUUGAGAGAUAUAUUUGCUGCCAAUAAAAGACACCAUUUGAUGCUACUAAAUCGACUGAAAAAGACCCUCAAUCCAGACAUGUGCAGAGGAGUUGCUGAUGCCUUCCUGGUUCGUCAACAACAACAUGAGGAGGCUGGGAUCACCAACUCUCACUACCACAAUGACAACCUCCUAGUGACAGUCAUGAAUCUGUUUUCUGCUGGGACUGAAACAACUGCCACAACACUGAGAUGGGCUCUGAUGUUUAUGGCCAAGUAUCCAAAAAUCCAAGACGACGUAAGACAGGAGCUAAAACGCGUAAUAGGAGAUCGGCAGGUGCAGGUUGAGGAUAGACAGAACCUGCCUCUGACAGACGCUGUCAUCCAUGAGACACAGAGAUUUGCCAAUAUUGUUCCUUUGGCUAUUUUUCAUAAAACAAGCGAAAACAUAGUCUUCAAGAAUUAUUUGAUUGAGAAGGGAACCACCAUCAUUCCUGUCCUGACUUCUGUUCUGCACGAUGAGAGUGAAUGGGAAAGGCCAAGCACCUUUUAUCCAAACCACUUCCUAAACAAAGAUGGAAAGUUCCGGAAGCGUGAUGCCUUCUUGCCAUUUUCAGCAGGUCGCAGGAUGUGUCCUGGAGAGAGUCUGGCCAGGAUGGAGCUCUUCAUUUUUUUCAUUACGCUCCUGCAGCAUUUCCGUUUCUCUCCUGCUCCUGGAGUCACAGAGGAGGAAUUAGAUCUAACUCCACGUAUUGGUGGUACUCUCAGCCCCCAGCUCCACAAACUGUGCGCUAUUCCUAUAAAAUGAGCCUGGAUGUCUUUGUGCAAAAAUAAAUAUGCAGACGGUCAGAAAGAAAGAUUAAAUACAA